GGCGAGCAGGGGACGACGAGAGCGAGCAUCUCUUCGUCGAUUGCAAACGAAGACCCUCUUCCCAUCGAUAGCAAACGAAGACCCUGCACAGAACCCCCUCUUCCCAUCGAUAGCAAACGAAGACCCUGCACAGAACCCCCUCUUCCCAUCGAUAGCAAACGAAGACCGCUGACCUACCUCCUCCACCGCAACUUUUUCCGAUUGAACUAUGGAAGUAGAAGAGAGAAUUUCUCAAUUCUGUGUAAC